AUGUCAAGGCCGAGACUUGGCUUAGACAUCAGGCUGGAACCAUCCCCCACAGCCCGGAUAUUGGAUUCCUUGGCUCAAAUGCUCGGCCCACCAAUUAGGCAACAGCAAAAUCUCGACGAUGGAAGUCAUGCAAGGCGCCAAGCUUUGAUGUUGCUUCAAUUUAUAGGCCCUGAUCAGCCUCCAAGACCUGUUUCUCCUCAUGAAAAUAUGAACUCCAAUGAGCUCAUCCAACAAUUGACUCAGAACAACAGGCCACCCUGGCCGCCUCAGGCCCCUGAUUCUGCCAUGGAGGCCUUGCCGGUCGUGGCACUGAUGGCCGACCAUUUGGCGAAUGAUUCACAGUGUCCCAUUUGCAAGGAUGAAUUUGAGGUUGGAACAGAAAUCGUGGAGAUAACUUCAUGUGGCGCUUCCCUUAGAGCGUGCUCUCUUUUAUAUAUAUCUAUGGACUAUGCGUGA